AUGUACAGGAAGCAUCAUAGAAAUCUCUCCAAUUUGAACAAAAUGGUGCUAUUGUUGAGUUCAAUUUGGAUUAUUUUAGUGAAUACGGUUGAAGGUAGACCACAAGCUGUGCCUCGAACGGCACAGAGCACGAGCAGGGAUAACGGGAAUAGCUCGACCAUUCCACGGUUCGGUGCACAUGAGUAUGGAUACGUGUCUAGUUGGCCAAUUCUAGAUCGCAAACUAGGGUCGGUGUCAGCCGUGGCCAUCGAUGGUGCUGGUAAUGUCGUCAUAUUCCAUCGGGGUUCCCACGUCUGGUCGUUUACUUCGUUCGACACGCAGAACGUAUACUUAGAGGCAACAGCUGGUCCAAUAUCACAACAUACGGUGCUAAAGUUUGGCCACAAUUCCGGCACUUUGCUACAGGAAUGGGGUGAAAACUUAUUCUACAUGCCACAUGGAUUGACGAUCGAUCACGACCAGAACUACUGGCUGACGGAUGUGGCCCUGCAUCAGGUGUUUAAGUUUGACCUAAACCACUCGACGACCGAACCCGCGUUGACGCUCGGCACUCGUUUUGAACCGGGCAACGAUAUGUACCACUAUUGCAAGCCCACGUCCGUCGCGGUGUUAAGGAGUGGUGAGUUUUUUGUAGCAGAUGGCUACUGCAAUGGGCGUAUCGUGAAGUACUCGCCGGAAGGUGUUCCAAUCCUGUCCUGGGGGCGCAAUUCCUUCCUACUGACCCGUACAUUCACGCUCGCGCCCGGACCAGUACCGGCCAAUUACUUUGCAAUCCCGCACGCCUUAGCAGUGGUACCGGAUCGUGAUCUAUUGUGUGUGGCCGAUCGGGAACAGGGCCGGGUGCAGUGUUUCCACACCGGAAAUGGAACAUUCCACUCGCAGUACAGCAGUCCGGAGAUCGGUAGUCGAUUGUUUAGCGUGAAGUACAUUGCAUCGGAUGGUGGCUUGUUGUACACCAUCAAUGGACCGGGUCUCGAUCUCGGUUCGGUCCCUGUCGGUGGAUUCAUUAUAGAGAUGGAGAGUGGAAAUGUGAUUGGUCGAUUUCAACCGAAUAACUCGAAACAUGCGUUUAGCAAUCCGCACGAACUGGCCGUCGUGGACGAUGGAUCGGAAUUGUACGUCGCGGAACUGGAUCCACAGAUGGUGCACAAGUUCCGUUUAAUUUCACCCCGAUCGUCCACAUCGAGACCGAUGUCCGUGCACAACGAAGGUGAGAACACUAUCAAUGGCCACUACUCCAGUGCGUCCGGAAUGAAUAGUACGCUGACCGCUGGUUCGAUUGGAAUAUUUUCCAUUGUUAGCACACUGAUCGUGACCAGCCUAUUGGUGAUACUGAUGGCACGCGUUAUUUGCUUCCGAUCCGGACAAGGAUCCGCACGGGUAGACGAAGUACCACUACGAAAUAUGGCCGACGAUGAAGGAUAG